GCUUUUUCAAUCUCAAACACUCUCAAUGCACUAAUACUGAACGUCUGAGUGUCAUUUGAUAAACAUGGAUCAGUCAGAGUCGUGUUACGAGCUCGGUCUACCUGUGAUGGAGAAAAGCAACCCCAUCAGCAGAGGAAUAGACAGAGCAAACACUAAACACAUCCUGCACGUGCUGAAACAGUGUGACGCUGAGAUCUUCCAGAAGGAUAUAAAGCUUGAUACACUCUAUCAGAGACUAUAUAGUGUACCUGUCAUCCAAACAAUGGUGGAUGUUGCAAAAAGGGUUGAAUUGAUGCUGAGGAAUCCAGAAGACAAUCUGAUUGUAUUAAGUGGCUGUGGAACAUCAGGCCGUACUGCAUUUCUUUUGGCGACGUCUUAUAAUGAGAUGCUAAAGAGGCGAAAACAGAAGCAGAUGUGUUUGUACAUCAUAGCUGGAGGUGACAGGGCCCUGCUGACAUCACAGGAGGCUCCAGAGGACGACCCGGCACUCGGAGCUCACAUGCUGGACAAGGCUUGUGCAGGAAAGAAACACGUCUUGUUCAUUGGAAUAUCCUGCGGCAUAUCGGCACCAUUUGUUGCCGGGCAACUGGAUUUUUGUCUGAACCACUUAGACGUCUUUACCCCAGUGCUUCUCGGAUUCAAUCCUGUACAUAUGGCGAGGACUGAGCCAAUGCAGGGUUGCACGUUUCACUUUAAAGACGUUGCAGAGAGGAUGAUUGCAGAGCAGAGACGAGAGAAAGCAUUCAUCCUGAAUCCUGUACUGGGGGCUGAGGCCAUCAGUGGAUCUUCCAGAAUGAAAGGAGGCAGUGCAACCAAAAUCAUUCUGGAAACUGUUCUUAUGGCUGGACAUGACGCUGCAUUUAAAGAGAAGAUAAUUACACCUGAAUGUACGUCGGCCUGGAUCACAGCGAGUGAGAUGGCUUAUGAAACUACUUACUCGCACAGCGAUGAACUUGCAGCACUUAUUCAGAAAGCAGGAGAGAGUCUUCAGAUGAAAGCACAUGUGUAUUAUCUGGGGUGGCAAACUCUUGGCAUUAUAGGAAUGACUGAUGCCAGUGAAUGCAUGCCUACUUUUGGAGCAGAUUUUGGUGACAUCAGAGGUUUCAUCAACAAUGGUUUCAGUGAAAUGAGAAAUAAAGAGGGAGAUCUAUCAUCUCUGGGUCCAGAAUUCAUAAUAAGUCACAGGGAUUUUGUGGAGACAGUGUUACCUGGACUCAGUCAAAAUGACAUGAUCUUAUUUCUGUUUACAGUGAAUGAUGACCUGCAUGAGGUGAUGGAGUUGGCCAAUCGAGUGAGGCGAAGGACAUCUAAUUUGCAUGCAAUUGCUCAUGACCUUGAGAAAUUCACUGUUCCUGAGGAAGUGUGCAGCGUGUUUGAAACAGUCCUGAACAUCACAUGGUCUUUUUCUUCAGAGGAGAACCCAGUUGUAAUGAGACAGCGCUGGGAGCUUUCAACCAAAUGGUGUCUUAAUGCAAUCAGCACAGGAGCUCAUGUACUGAAGGGAAAAGUCUACGUGAAUUACAUGAUAGAUCUCAGAGUCACUAACAGUAAGCUGUACAGGAGAGCCAUCAGUAUAUUACAGCGGUUCAGCGGCUCAUCCAGAACAGACUGUGAAAAGACUCUACUGAAAGUCAUCUACAGUACAGAUGAUCUGACUGAAGACACGACACAAGCAGAUGUCCACAAACACACAGAUGCAGCAAACAGACGGGAUCGAGUGGUCCCGACGGCUCUGCUGAUGCUCCAGUGUGGCUGUACUCUUGCUGAAGCUCAGGAUCAUUUAGAGGGUCAUCCAGUGAUUCGAGAUGCAGUGAGCGCCUGCUUCAACUCCUCCAAAAACAACAGCACUGCAGACUGAACACACAAAUACAAGGAUGCAGAAAUAUCACACACCUUCAUUUAUACUUCACAAAGUGUACAAAAUUUGAUCAUAAUUGAAAGAUGUAUAACUAUUUAUAAUUUGCAAAUGUAAUACACUUUAAGGAAUUGAUUAAAUUUUGCCCAGGUAUGUUUUGAGUAAAUUAAUUUUGUCCGACCUAUUAAAUCAUUGACUUCUCCAUUCAAUUCUAGAUGCGUGCCUGCCACAAAAUCAAGCACAAUAAAAUGAUGCAUAAAUAUUAUACUUAUAGAUCCUUACAUUUAUGCUCUG